UCCUGUUUUACGUGGGGUCUUUGAAUGCAGCAUCUCUACCGCCCUGCUGCAUUCGUUUCCGGGAAACGAGGCUCUUCAUCCACAAAGAUGGCGACGCUGGCAGUGAGACGGGUUCCUCUCGGCGGUUUCAGUUUCGAAAACUGUAAAAGAAAUUCUGUGUUGGAAAGUGAAGCAAACAAAGUUGGCUUUAGCGUGCCAACGGCGAGAAAAACAGGAACGACCAUUUGUGGAGUUGUGUUCAAGGAUGGCGUUGUCCUUGGAGCCGACACUCGAGCCACCGAGGGCAUGGUUGUAGCCGACAAGAACUGCUCUAAAAUCCACUACAUCUCCCCCAACAUUUAUUGUUGUGGGGCGGGAACAGCCGCCGACACCGAGAUGACCACGCAGAUCAUCUCCUCCAACCUGGAGCUGCACUCCCUGUCUACUGGCCGUCUGCCUCGCGUGGCCACGGCCAACCGCAUGCUCAAGCAGAUGCUCUUCAGGUAUCAGGGUUACAUCGGUGCUGCUCUGGUUCUGGGUGGAGUGGACUGUAACGGACCUCAUCUGUACAGCAUCUACCCUCACGGCUCCACUGACAAGCUCCCUUAUGUCACCAUGGGUUCUGGCUCUCUGGCUGCCAUGGCUGUGUUUGAAGAUCGUUACAAGCCGGACAUGGAGGAGGAGGAAGCCAAGCGGCUGGUCCGGGACGCUAUUGCUGCUGGGAUCUUCAACGACCUGGGCUCUGGCAGCAACAUUGACCUGUGUGUCAUCACCAAGGGCAACGUGGACUACAUCCGGCCACACGACGAGGCCAACAAGAAGGGUGUCAGAACCGGUGACUACAAAUACAAAAGAGGAACCACGGCGGUCCUGAGCAAGGCAGUGAACCCUCUCGACCUCGAGCUCCUAGAAGAGUCGGUCCAGACCAUGGACACCUCCUGAACCCUCAGACCUUCUGAUGCUCUUGUAUUUCCAUGGUUUGCAAUAAAGCUUUGAGAUGGUGA